GUUCCUGUUCUUGUGUCACUCAUCACUAAAGACUAAAGCACCUGGAACCACUUUUCGGACUUCACGCGCCUUUUUAUUUCCUCCUUCUCCUUUACGGGUAAUGCCUGGCAUACUCAUCGAUCUCCUCUGCUUUGGUUGCAGAGCAUUCAUUCAUUCAUUUCCUUUAUCUUUAUCUUUAUUCUAUACAUCAGCAACCAACUACUUUCUGGUCCCUUUCGAUCUACUGAAUGGUUAAUUCUGAGACUGAACAACUUUGGAAGACCCAAGAUGCAAAGGCUGGUCUACAAGUGAGUUCUAUACAAGAUGGUCCUUCAGCUGCGGACACGAAGCUCUCAGAACCACCACGAUUGUCCUGGUUACCUUUGGGUACUGUAGGGUAUAAUGCGUACGACAAAGAAUUGGAGAAUCUGGAUGAUCUGCAAGGCACCGCUGCCAUGGCGCUGACAGCUCUAUCAUCAGGCAUGGGAACAGCCCCGAGGCAUGGGUCCGGAUUAACAAUGAUUAAAGAUGGGACAUAUUAUGAUGAUAUUCAACAAGAUCAGAGCAUAGUGACAGCGACACCAGAAUGGAAUUCCGUCAAAUUAUCGCAGGAUGUUAAUACAGUAACAUCUAUGGUCACAACAUCGUCCCCAGCACCUCAUUCCACGAGUGUAGCCUUAAUGGUUCACGACGAACAGGGGCCCCGAUCAGCUUCAGAUCGUGAGAAGGCGAGUGCGGCGUCAGUCCCAAAAGCGCGCUCAGGAGACGUAGAAAUAAUAGCAGCGGCAGAAACACAGGUUGACUUUAUUCCAAUAGCGGGAUCAAUCCAGCCCAAGGAACAUGAUUUUAAUCCUGCAACAACAUCAGCGAUGACAGCAUACGCAUCAUCACCGCCGCCACCGAUUGCCGUGGCGCCAACUUUCUCUAACGUCCCUAACGUGGCCAUGUCAUCACUUUCAUCAAACAUCUACGCGUCGGCGGUCCAAGCACCAGUAAAACGGACCCAAUCUCUAUCGCAUCUACUUGAGGAUCGAUUGUCGCUAGAACCAAUGAAAGCAGGGCAGGUGAGAAAAAUGUUUCAUUCAGAACAUGGAUAUUGGGCAGGCCAUUCGUACAAUGGCGGAGAACAAGUGAGUGUACGAACAGUGGAUGAAAGAUCACUCCAGGCCCAGAUCAACAGUUCACGCACCAACCACCAACAGGACUUCCAUAAAACAUAUUUGCAUUCAACAAAUAUGGCUUACCACCAAAACGCUUCACCACUCAACCUCCGGCCUUUCACUAGGGGUGAGACUCAGUAUGCUCAAGAAUGGGACCUGGAGCGUCAGUCACAAAGACAGGAAUCGUAUCAACCAUCCGUACAGCAUGAGCAAUCUCAUCAUUCAAAAGAUAUAGUCCUCACCCACCUGGUGCACCAUUCUGCUCCUCUCGAAGCUGCAAUCGUGAAACCGAAACGAAAGUACAUUAAAAAACCAUCGACUCUUCAGCUCAUGGUGCAAACUUCCAGCCAAGCAAAAAUCUCGCCUCUGGCAAAACAAGAGGAUGACCCACUCUUGCAGUCUGACCGAGGAUUAAUCCUUAAGACUCAGAUCCCAAAGAAAGGCAGGCCUAUUUCGAAACAUGCAUCUACUUCUCAAGGCACGCCAGCAGUCCCCUCAUUUGGAGCUACUCCCAUGAGCCACUCCUCUUUUAAUCCUAAAGCUAAAACCUCUGUGCCUGCCUCCGUCAAUUCACCUAACACUAAGCAGCAGUUCGAGCUCAAUUACCACUAUCAUCAUCAGCAAUCUCCCCCUAUACCUGCUCUAGCUGGCGCUAAAAUCCGUCUUCCUUCUGAUGACUCUCAUUUACUAGCUCCGUCUCCUGUUCGUUGCCGGCCAGGUCGACCGCCACUAGCCACAGUAGCUCGACAUACACACUCUCAAUCUCACUUAGGCCUACAGUCUGGCCUCCUUUCUAUGUCUGAUUCCGAUUCUCAUUUGCUAUUGUCGAAACCAUUCCCGACACCAUCACCAGAAGAUAGCGCUAUUACCAGGCGCACAAUAGCUAGCGAUCAUGAUCCACACGAUUGGCCACGGCCACCCCACAGUGCGCCAUCGUCAUUCUCUGCACAAAGAACACAGUGUUCUAGGCACAGUUAUCCUAGUUCAGACAACCAGUAUAACCAUACCCUGGCUAUCCAAUACCAUGAUACACAGUCACUCAUGGAGUCUGAACAAUUACGAGGAGGUCGAUUUAUCCAAGAGCCCCAUCAGAGCAGAGGUCCACCGUCAUGGCAGCAACGUUCUUUUGGAGGAAAACCGAUGCAGAUGAACAGCCGAAAGAGAAAUAUUUACGGAGCAGAGAAGCAGCAGUUUAUGAGCGAGCCAUACAGUCCUGAAGAUGAGAAAAGGGAGAUGUGCUCCAUCUAUACCUUAGUUGAUUAUGACGAGAGUGGACGAUUCAGGAAACGAUCCUCAAGGUUGGAUUUAAAGCCGCCAAACCCUGAAUCAAACUUUCGAGAGCAAGAUACUUUUCAAAGCUGGCCAAGCAAUGACUCCAGCAAGCGACGUCCGCGACCUCAGUCGCUGGUGCUUCCUAGGACUUACAGUGACCCUUUGCACAGACAGUCGGCGAUUACAAUGGCACUAGAGAGAGGGUCAACGGAGCACUAUAUAAGUAAGGACAUGGCAAGGAUAGAAGACAGGGAUCUGGCGAUUUACGAAUCACGAGUGCAGAGCUCACCUACUCUUCCUAGGCUAUCAUGCGCUCGGCUCCUUGGCGCUGAUCGUUCGUCCCAUACCAAUGCACAGUCUUUGGAUAUUUCCAUGCAUCCACGUUUUGCUUCGAGUCAACCGUUGCGACAAUAUCAAGAACAGUAUCCUUCCGGCCAUGUUGUUCAUUCCUUCCAUGAUAUGCUUAAUGAACAACUUGGCUACAGUCGCUCCAAAAGCUAGACUACCCAUAUUAUCUCUCGCCCCCUUCCUGCUCUUACUUCUUCUGAUCCGGCAAGGCUUCAUCAUUCAGUAUCCAGAAUUGGCAGCUGCGUGACGCUCUGUAUCAACUGGUCCUUCUGUAAUCCUCUAUUCCGUAAAAAAAAGGUUUUCUCCUAGCAUCCACAAUACAGAGUCUGUUGAUCUUAUUACUCAUUCUGCCACUCAAUGGACUUUAAUUAUUACUUUGUAUACUCU